AUGUUUGGAGGAUUUAUUUUGUUAAAGAUUUGCUUGUCACUGUGUUGCAGCAAAGUUACUGACAAUGCAAAGAAUUCCUUGGCCUCUCUUAAGAGAAAAAACCCCCGGUUUGAGCCAACGCUUGCCAUUAUUCAGGCACAUAAUGACCAGUUGACUCAAGAAGCAAACAAGAACUUGGCCAAAGAGAUUGGUCUACGUGUUAUUCACAUCUGUCUUCCUGAAGGCAGCACCAAAGAUGAGAUUGUCAGUGAAAUCUUGAGGCUCAAUGAGGAUCCUAACGUGCAGGGCCUUGCUCUUGACCUCCCAGAAAGCUUAUGCAGCAGUAAGGUAUUAAAUGCUGUGAAACCAGAGAAGGAUGUGGAUGGAUUAUCCAGUGUAAACCUAGGACGUUUGGUACAUGGUGAUGUCUGUGACUGUCUGGUUCCUCCUACAGUGUGUGCUGUGAUGGAGCUUCUUGAAGAUAUAGGUGGGAAGAAGGUGCUGCUGGUGGGGACACACGGGGCAGAGGGAGCUGCCCUGCAGAGCGUGCUGCAGCGCCGCGGAGCCGCCGUGCUCAGCUGCCACUGGGGAGCCCCACAGCUGCAGAGUGAGCUCCGUCACGCAGACGCGGUGGUGUUCGGCAGCACGAAACCCCACGAUGUUCCUGUGAGCUGCACAAAGCCUGGGGCCACCAUCAUCAACUGUGCUCGUGAUCCUCUGCCAGAGAAACACAGCUAUGGUCAGCAGAACAACCCUGCUGCUGAAAAGACUGUUGGUUCUCUUGCAGUAGCAAUGAGAAUGCAGAACAUGGUAAAAAACAUGGAGCGAUGGAUCCAGUCCCAGCAGUAUAGGAAGUGGGACCUCCACAGCUUGAAACUGCAACCUGUCUCCCCAGUGCCCAGUGAUAUUGAGAUUUCCCGAGCACAGAGUCCAAAAGCUGUUGAUGUACUUGCCAAGGAGAUAGGAUUGCUUACAGAUGAAAUUGAGAUCUAUGGCCAAACCAAAGCCAAAGUACGUUUGUCCCUGCUGGAAAGGUUAAAGGAUCAACCAGAUGGAAAAUAUGUUCUAGUUGCUGGAAUAACCCCUACACCCCUAGGAGAGGGGAAAAGCACAGUCACAGUUGGUCUCGUUCAGGCGCUUACUGCACACCUUAACAUUAAUUCCUUUGCUUGUCUGAGACAGCCUUCUCAAGGACCUACUUUUGGAGUGAAAGGUGGAGCAGCUGGAGGUGGAUAUGCUCAAGUGAUCCCCAUGGAGGAGUUCAAUCUUCAUUUGACUGGAGAUAUUCAUGCUAUAACUGCUGCAAAUAAUUUGCUGGCUGCUGCUAUUGAUGCUAGGAUCUUGCAUGAGAAUACUCAAUCUGAUAAGUCUUUGUAUACCAGGCUGGUUCCGGUGGUUAAUGGCGUGAGAGGAUUUUCUGCUAUUCAGCUUGCCCGCCUCAGAAGGCUGGGAAUAAACAAGACUGAUCCUAAGACUUUAACAGAAGAGGAGAUCAGCAAAUUUGUGCGCCUUGAUAUUGACCCAUCCACCAUAACAUGGCAAAGAGUGGUGGACACAAAUGACAGAUUCCUGCGCAGAAUAACAGUUGGGCAGGCAAACACGGAGAAGGGAUUUGUCCGUCAGGCUCAGUUUGAUAUUGCUGUUGCAAGCGAGAUUAUGGCCAUCCUGGCACUUACCACCAGUCUUCAAGAUAUGAAAGAAAGACUGGGGAGAAUGGUGGUGGCUAAUGACAAGAAAGGACGACCAGUAACAGCAGAGGAUUUGGGAGUUACUGGUGCUUUGGCAGUUUUGAUGAAAGAUGCAAUUAAGCCCACGCUAAUGCAGACAUUAGAGGGAACACCAGUAUUUGUUCACGCUGGACCUUUUGCUAACAUUGCACAUGGAAAUUCUUCUGUUUUGGCAGAUAAAAUUGCUCUUAAAUUAGUUGGAGAGAAAGGAUUUGUAGUUACUGAAGCUGGCUUUGGUGCUGACAUUGGGAUGGAGAAAUUCUUCAACAUCAAAUGCAGAGCGUCUGGCUUGGUUCCCAGUGUGGUUGUACUUGUUGCUACAGUGAGGGCUUUGAAGAUGCAUGGAGGUGGGCCAAAUGUAACUGCUGGUGCCCCCUUGAAGAAAGAAUACACAGAAGAGAACCUCCAGCUGGUAGCUGAUGGCUGCUGUAAUCUACAGAAACAGAUUCAAAUUACUCAGCUCUUUGGAGUUCCUGUUGUGGUUGCUCUGAACGUCUUCAAAACUGACUCUCCAGCUGAGGUUGAUCUGGUGUGUAAGAUUGCAAAGGAGUCUGGAGCAUUUGAUGCUGUACCCUGCCAUCACUGGUCAGCUGGUGGUAAAGGAGCAGUAAAAUUAGCUCAAGCUGUGGAAAAGGCAGCCAAUCAAAAAACCAGUUUCAAAUAUCUCUACAGCUUGGAGCUUCCUAUUGUUGAAAAAAUAAGGAUCAUUGCUCAGAAGGUGUAUGGAGCUCAGGAUAUCGAGUUGUCUCCUGCUGCCCAGUCUCAAGUUGAUCGUUACACCCGGCAGGGAUUUGGAAAUCUUCCCAUUUGCAUGGCCAAAACUCACCUAUCCCUCUCCCAUCAGCCUGAGAGGAAGGGUGUUCCCACUGGUUUCAUUUUGCCGAUUAGCGAUGUGCGAGCCAGCAUUGGAGCUGGAUUCAUCUACCCUCUGGUAGGAACGAUGAGCACCAUGCCAGGACUGCCCACAAGGCCGUGCUUCUAUGACAUUGACCUUGACCCCAUCACAGAGCAAGUGAAAGGAUUGUUUUGAGAGUGACAUCCAAAUUCAGAGGCCUGAAAAUUAAGAACUCCAACUUUCCUAUUUCCUGCAAGUAGGAGACAAAAAAUGAAUCUGAAAUAUUCCUGUUAUGUGUCUCUGGAGCAAUGUCAAGAUAGACCAAAGAGCAAAAGUUUACUCUUUCUUCAAACUAGUUUUCAUCAUAAAAUAUAGCUGUAUGGUUAAAAAAAAAAAAAAAAAAAAAAAAAA